UUGCGAACAUAUCGUUUCGCUUGCUUAGCUUUCGAGUGCAACGGGAACAUAGUGAAGAGAACAAGGAUCACCCGAUUCCGUACCCAUCUUUUUAACGCGACGAUUCUUCCUGCCUUAGCCGAUUCGCAACGUAAGCAGGAUCAGAGAUCACUGAUCGCAACGUUCGUUUGUCGAGCGAGAGGAGUACCGAGACCAGAAAUCACAUGGUUCUAUGAGGGUUCCGUCAUACCGCAUAUUAAAGGGCGCUUUUUGGUUUCAGAUGACGGUGCUGAGUUGACGAUCUCGAAGGUGACACGACAAGACGAAGGGGUCUACUCGUGCUUGGCUGGCAAUAGUGUGGGCGCGAUGAUGGCCGACGCCAAGCUCAGCGUGGACACGUUCAUUGAUGAUGCCACGCUGAAGACGAUCGCCACUCAGGCCAGAGACAAUGUGGACAGAGCCGUCGACAGUACUCGACUUCAGCUAUCACAAGAACGUGUUUCCGAUCCUGAAGAUCUAAAACGACUUUUCCGCUUUUCUAUUCCAGCUAGGGCAGUAGAACUAAGCAAAGCACGCGAUAUCUAUGAAGAAAGUGUCAGACUGGUUCAGGAACACAUUCAGAGAGGUCUUCACCUGCCGGUAGAUAAACUGACUCCGAACGUUUCCUACGAAGCCGUGUUGGCCCCAUCACACGUGCAGACAUUAAUGGAAUUGUCCGGUUGUCAGACAGGCCAGUUCAAAACCGCAUGCACUGACAUGUGCUUUCACAGCAAAUACAGAUCAUACGACGGCCAAUGCAAUAAUUUCGAGCAUCCAAUGUGGGGUGUCUCUCAGAUGCCACUGUUACGUCUUCUUCCGCCAAUCUAUGAAAACGGCUUUAGUACACCGGUCGGUUGGGAACAUGGACGUCUCUAUUAUGGAUAUCCAAAGCCAAAUCCGAGAGAGGUUUCGCGGUUACUCGUAAGAACAAAGUCGAUAACUCCACAUUCGUAUCUCUCAGCUAUGGUGAUGCAAUGGGGUCAGUUCGUAGAUCAUGAUCUCACACAUACAGCAACAGCGCUCUCACGACAAAGCUACGCUUCUGGAGCCAUCUGCAAUAGGACAUGUGCAAAUUUGGAUCCAUGUUUCAAUAUUCCACUUCCACCCAAUGAUUCAAAACUUCAUACUGGAAUCCAUUCGAAGUAUCCUUGCAUUGAAUUUGAACGGAGCGGUGCUGUUUGUGGUAGCGGUGAGACGUCGUUGAUUUUCCAGCGCGUCACCUACAGAGAUCAAAUGAACAUCAUUACUUCCUACCUGGAUGGUUCGGCCGUUUAUGGAAGUACGGAGGUCCAAGCGCUGGAACUCCGAGAUCUUUUCGGUGAUCAUGGACAGAUGCGGUUUGAUAUUGUAUCAAUGAAUCAAAAACCGUAUUUGCCAUUCGAAAAGGACUCAGAUAUGGACUGUAGACGAAAUUUUUCUCAAGAGAACCCUAUACGAUGCUUUCUGGCGGGCGAUCUCAGAGCUAACGAACAGCUUGGAUUAACAGCUUUGCACACCAUCUUUCUCCGUGAACAUAACCGAAUAGCAGCUCAUUUGCUCGAGAUGAAUGUGAAUUGGGACGGAGAGACGAUUUUCCAGGGUUUCGAAAGUCUGAAAAAGAGAAGAACAUGCACGACUGUUCAUGUAAGUACUGUUUUGCUUUCCAGAUUCGGUCAUACACUUAUCAAUCCGACGUUGUUUCGCCUCGACAACGAUUUUCGGAUGGUAAAGGAUGGUCAUAUUCCGCUUCAUGAAGCCUUCUUCGCACCUGAACGACUACUCUCUGAAGGUGGCAUUGAUCCACUGAUUCGUGGACUUUUUGCUUCUUCACUAAAAUUACCAAAACCCGAUCAACUUCUCAAUAUGGAACUCACAGAGAAACUGUUUCAUCGUUUUCAUGAGGUGGCUCUCGAUCUUGCUGUAAUGAACAUUCAACGAGGAAGGGACCACGGCUUGCCAGGUUACACCGAAUAUCGUCGGUUCUGUAAUUUAUCGGUGCCGGCAACAUGGGAUGAAUUGGGCACUGAUAUUCCUGAUGCGACAGUUCGUUCGAAGCUCAAAGGACUUUACGGCGACCCAAGAAAUAUUGACUUAUGGGUCGGUGGAAUAGUUGAGCAAAGGCUACCGGACGCAUUGAUGGGACCAACGUUUGCUUGUAUUAUUGGAGACCAGUUUAGAAGGCUCCGUGAUGGCGAUCGGUUCUGGUACGAAAAUGAAGGCGUCUUCACAAAAUUGCAACUUCAACAAAUCAAGAAAGUCUCAUUGGCUCGACUAUUUUGCGAUAAUGGAGACAACAUCGAUCGUGUACAACGUAAUGUCUUCUUCUAUCCGGGUAAUUCGACUAAGCACUAUGGAAAAUGCGAAAAUAUCCCAGAGGUCAAUUUGAAUAUGUGGAUGAAUUGUUGUGAUUCGUCUUGUGCUGUUUCGACUACGCACAGGUCAGUUUCGCUAUUGGUCCAUGGCAUUACCACCAGGCGGUAUGCUCCAUACUUCAGUAUUCAUAUAAAGCGGAUUUUUCUAUGCAUAUGUUCUAAAAAUAAGAUCUUUGAAGACGGAAGUCUGCUGUAUAGUAAUAAUAAUAGCAAUCCAUAUAUAAUGCUGAGAUAUUUACAAAACUCCGGGCCGCAGGUGUCUGCGGUUCGGAUCGAACUGGUUAUUACCCUUUCUUAA